UUCAGAGUGAAAGAGGAAGAGGGGAUAGAGGCUGUCACAGUGGAGGAAGAGGAGGUAGAAGCUUUCAGAAUGAAAAAGGAGGAAGUGGAGGCCAUAACACUGAAAGAUGAAGAAGAUGAUGUUAUAGAGAAAGAACCUUUUGGAGAGGAAGAGGAUGCUAUGUUAAGAAAAGAGGAGGAGGAAGACGUUUUGGGAGAGGAGGAGGAGACUGAAGAUCUGAUUAACACCAGAGAGAGACCAGACUCUGACAGCGGGAAGAGUCCUUCAAAGGAACCAGACCCAGAAAUGUCCAAACCAGCAGGACAACACCACUGUUCCCACUGUGCAAAGAGUUUUACCAAGUUACAGAACCUAAAAGUGCACGAGAGGACACACAGAGGAGAAAAGCCUUUCCACUGCUCUCAGUGUGGAAAGAGGUUUACCCGUUUAGAGAACCUGAAACAGCAUGAUAGAAUACACAGAGGGGAGAAGCCUUACCAUUGUUCCCAUUGUGAAAAGAGCUUUAGGUCGUUAGGCACCCUGACAACGCAUGUGAGAAUACACACAGGAGAGAUGCCUUACCACUGUUCCCACUGUGGAGAGAGUUUUAGAUGGUUAGGGAGCCUGAAAACGCAUGAGAGGACACACAACCAAGAAAAGCCCUACCAAUGCUCCCAGUGUGGAAAGAGAUUUACCGAGUUAUGGUACCUGAAAAUACAUAAUAGAAUACACACAGGAGAAAGGCCUUACCACUGUUCCCACUGUGGAAAGAGCUUUAGUAGGUUAAUGAACCUGAAACAGCAUGAGAGAAUACACACAGGAGAGAAGCCUUACCAAUGUGCCUUGUGUGGAAAGAGUUUUACCCAGUUAGGGAACCUAAAAGAGCAUGAGAGAAUGACACACAGGGAGAAGCCCUACCAAUGCUCCCUGUGUGAAAUAAGAUUUACCCGGUUACGGAACCUGAAAGAGCAUGAAAGAAUACAUACAAAUACACAGGAGGAGAAGACAUACCACUGCUCUCAUUGUGGAAAGACAUUUUCCCAGUCAGAGGACCUGAAAUCACAUGAGAGAAUAGAGAGGUUGUGUUCUGACUUAUGUUUUUGACUGAGAAUUAGUGUUUUUGUUUAUGCCUCAUGAAAUCAAUAUGUAUGAAAGCUUACUUAGAAAUAGUUCUACUUUUUAAAAAUUAUCUCAGAUAAAAAACUUAAAAUGUCUGCUUUGUUUAUACACUUUAAUAUAUUGGAUACAAGUAGAAUCCCUUAGAUUUAAUUUGAUAUUUUUGUAAUGUCAAUGAUUUAAUAGACCAGGGGAAGACCAACCCUGUUCCUGUCUUGACCCCUUAAAUAGAUUAAUAGAAUGUGCGUUUCUUGAUUCUAACCUUGGAACCUCCAUUCAUUUAGUUGUUGUUGUUUCAUUGAGUUAAUUGGUGUAUUUUAGUCGUCAAGCUAAAAGGUGUAUGAAAAUGUGAUGAUGUUGUUCUGAUAACAUUGAUAAGUUGUUCGUUGACAUGUUCUCUGUUGUCCUGCAUACUGAA